AUGUACCGAACCGUAAAGCGCAUGCUGCUAGUUGCCACCGUACUCGGUGUCGCGCUGGGCUCACUUAACGAUGACUACGACAGUGACAAACGGCUCCAUCCGAGGCUACCCGAUGAAAACGUAAAGAAGCUGCCGAAUAGCAAAAAUGCCGAACAGGAGCAAACGAUCGAGUACUGGAGAAAUCAGGCCAAAGCAACCGUUGAGAAGUUGUUGGCGAAGAAGGAAAACAAAAACAUUGCCAAGAAUGUCAUCAUGUUCCUGGGCGAUGGAAUGUCCAUCUCCACCGUUGGUAUGGCGCGAGUUUAUGCGGGCGGUGAGGAGAUUCCACUAUCCUUCGAAAAGUUUCCGUACGUGGGCAUGUCGAAGACGUACUGCGUCAAUUACCAGGUGGCUGAUUCGGCUUGUACGGCCACUGCCUAUCUGACAGGUGUGAAGGGCAAUUAUGAAACGAUUGGCGUCAAUGCGCACGUCUCGGUGCGUGACUGUGAGGCGGCACGGAACCGUAGCACGCACACGUCCUCCAUCGGACAGUGGGCAAUGGAUGCAGGGAAGGAUGCGGGAAUAGUCACCACGACACGCGUCACACACGCUUCCCCAUCGGGGAUGUAUGCCCAUAUCGCGUUCCGGGACUGGGAAGACGAUUAUUGGGUGAAGCAGGAUGGUUGCGAUGCGGAUCGGGUGGAUGAUAUUGCGGAACAGUUGGUGUACGGUGAGACGGCUCCACGGUUGAAGGUAAUUCUGGGCGGAGGACGACGAGAGUUUAUGGAUCGUGACAUCCAUGAGGACUACGAGACGGGCAAGGGAGGAUACCGAUCCGAUGGAAGACAUCUGAUCAAUGAGUGGAUUCGGAACGGUCCCGUGGGAGAGAACCGAACGUUUGUGUGGAAACGAUCGGAUCUGUUGGCAGUGGAUCCUCACCGAACGGACCGUUUGCUGGGAAUGUUUGAACCAAGCCACUGUGUGUACAACUUAGACAGGGUACACAAAAACCUUGACGAAGAACCGACGCUCGCCGAGAUGGUAGACAAAGCGACAGAUAUCCUCAGCACAAACCCGGAAGGUUUCUUCCUGUUCGUGGAGGGAGGUCGUAUCGAUCAUGGACAUCAUGACAAUCAGGCGAGAUAUGCCGUGGAUGAAACGGUGGAGUUCGCGAAAGCGAUCGAGAUGGCCCGCAACAAGUUCAGCGAGGAAGACACUUUGAUUGUGGUGACGUCAGAUCAUUCGCACAGUGUCAGCUUUGCUGGGUAUCCGAAUCGUGGAAAUGACAUCUUCGGUACAGCAGGUACCGGAAAGGAUGGUAUUCCGUACAUGACCAUCAGUUACGCCAAUGGACUCGGGUUCUACAAGCAUGUAGAUCCAGCGAAGGGAUCUCGUGCCAAUGUGCGCGAAAUGCCAGAAGCCACCGAAGAUAACUUUGAAUUUCCGGCGACGCUACCCGUCGAGCUGGAAACGCACGGUGGUGAAGAUGUGGCCGUAUAUGCGUCCGGACCGUGGUCACAUCUGUUUACCGGUUCGUACGAGCAGAACGUUAUACCGCACAUGAUGGCGUACGCUUCGUGCAUUGGUCAUGGUUUGAAGGCUUGUAACAAUUGA